AAUCAACGAGCUGUCGAAGCUUCAAACCUCCGAAAGGGCGUCCUGAUUCUGAACUAGCUUGUCAAAGCUGAACGCCCUUGGAAAGCUGCUGGAGCGUGCCCGCCAUGAUGGCUACUCGCGUCUUCAUCCUCGCGACACUGCUGGCGGUAGCGGCGGCGCAGGAUUGUGCUCUGCCUUCAACCACCUACCUCGCAGCCAACAGCAAGACCGUCGUGCACGGCCUUUUCGACCCAUCCAUUCCCCCGGUGGCCCACGUGCGGUCGGGCGACACUCUGGUUGCGGAGUGCGUGUCUACCAAUGCCAACUCGGAUUACGCCAAGAUGGUCAAAGGCGACCCUGGAGUCGAGGACAUCUUUUACUGGCCUAACGGAGUGCCCAGGCUCAACAAGUCUACGCCCCAGUAUCCCAAUUCCGGUGGCCACUUCCUGACCGGACCCGUCCGCAUCUGCGGCGCCCUGCCAGGAGACGUCCUCAAGAUUGAGAUUCUCGACGUCAAGCCCCGUGUGAACCCGUCCACCGGGCGCACUUUCGGCGCCAACUUCCAGGGGCGCUCCUACACGCAGAGCUACAUCGGCACGCGCUACGGCGACUACAACUUCUCGGCGACCAACGCGACGACGAUCGUGUACGAAGUCAUUAAAGACGCGUACGGGGACUGGGCCCAACCGGUGUACCAAUUCACCACUCCGCAGUACAUCGCACCAGACGGAAGGGCCGGAGGCGUGGCGAUGAUUCCCCACACUCAGAACAUUGGGAUCGCUGCGGGUAACUAUACCCCGAGCAACGGGGAGGACCCCAGGACUUUCCCGUCGUUCGAGAAUGUCACGUAUCCGGACGGCUAUCAGAGCGCGUUGAACCAGUCUGGGCCAAUCCAGUACCAGACGGGGCCUAAGCUGAACUGGCGCGUGCCCCUGCGCCAGCACUUCGGUGUGUUGGCGGUCACACCCAAGGACGCCAAGAACUGGGAAAGGACUGGUCCCCCCGGCUCACUCGGUGCCGGAUCCGGGCCCCCCUCCAAGUUCGGAGGCAACAUCGACAACUGGCGCAUGGGCAAGGGCAUCACCGUUUAUCUCAAGGUCCAGGUCCCCGACGCGCUCUGGACGUUCGGCGAUUGCCACGCGGCGGAAGGAGACGGCGAGACCUCCAGCUCCGCCAUCGAGUCGUCCAACACCGGAACGUUCCGCUUCACGCUCAUCAAGGAGGCGGAACUGCCCAAGGGGCUCGCCUCACUCAAGGGCCCGCUCUACGAGUUCGAGGAUAGCUUCUCGCUCCAGGGCUUCUCCUACAUGGACUACCUUAACGAGGGGACUUGGACGCUUUACCAAGGAACGUAUUUUUGCUGGGGGGAAAUUGGCUGUUGCGGGGAAAAGGGGGGCCAGCAAGGGAGGUCACGGGGAGGGGGGACGCGGGGCAAAGUCGCAUUUCCGGGGGGACGGGCAGGGCUCCUCGGGCGGUUGAAGAGGAUGGAACGUGUGAGGGGGAGGGGAGAAGGGGAGGGGGGUGAACAUGAUGGCCUGAAAAGCCCGUGGGAAAUGCGUUUUUUGACAAAGGGAGGGACGGGAAUGGAAGCCAGGAGAGAGGCGAAAAGGAGGAGGGGGGUGGGGGGGUUCAUUGCCGGCCCUGCUCCCGGUGCCGAGCGCGAUCGGCAGUCGCAGCUGGGCGAGCACCUGAACAAGCCGAUGGCUCGCGACUUCCUAGCUUUUCAAGGAUUUCUUAAUCCAAUUCAAAAACUUGGAGAACCCCUACCGGUGCCGAGCGCGAUCGGCAAUCGCAGCUUGGGCGAGGACCUGAACAAGCCGAUGGCCAACUGCUACAAGGCGACGCGCGACUUUUUGAUGGACAGCUUCGACCUGGAGGAGCGCGAGACGCUCGCGCUCAUGUCCGUCGGCGUCGACUUCGGCAUCACCGAGGUUGUGGACGGCAACUGGGGCGUCCAUUCUUUCAUCAAGAAGUCCUUCUUCUCGCGCCGCUUCACCGCGGACCAGGGCCCCAUGUCGGUCGGCGGGUCGAUCGCAAGCGCGCGCAAGCUGCGCACCUUCCAGGAUCUUCCCGACAGCGACAGCAUCUUCCGCCCCGAUCUGCUGGACCUGCUCAAGGCCUACGAAGAGGAUGACGUCAGCUUCAACUGGAGCGCCUAGAGGUGACGCAACCGGAGGACUUGGUGACGUCAGCUCAAAACUGUCAAAUAGCCGGAAGGGCCGACUGUUUAUAAACAUGACUGUUGGCGUGUUGUUGAAGCCCAACGUGGGAAAAAGAAGUUGUUGAAGAAGUAAGAUGGUGACGGACGAGGAGGUCAGCGUUGUGUAGAAGGGUUAGAGUUAUACCCAGGUUGCAAAUUAAAGUCCAGGGGCAAAAUCAUGGGCGGUUCAAAACAAGGGUUAGGAGGGCCAUCAACGGCCUAUUUUGAGCAUGCGACGAGCCGCCGUGACUACGUCUCCUGUUGGGCGCAAGCGACCACGGACCUGUGCUAGACCAUAUCAAACGAGGUCGGCUUGCUUACCUAAUCUGCACACGUCUCAG